AUGCCAUCCUGUCCCCGAGCCGCCUCAGAACCGCCCUCUUCGCCUUCGUCCUCCUCUUCCUUCACCCCGCUCUCAUCGCCUCGGAGACGAGGCGCCGUUCCUCCUGGGGUCUUGCAGCACGUCAGCGAGACUGUGCGGCCAACAAGCGAGCUUGCUACGGCGGCGGUGGAGACUGUUGCGGGCACGAGGUCGACAGACAAUCACCGCUCGAAGCGACGAAGGACGUCCUCGCGGUCCGGAAGAAAAUCCUCAUCUUUUCUAUCCGCCGACUCGACAUUCAGCCCGCUGCUUCCCCGAGGGAUUGUCUCCUUCCCUUCGACCCCUUCUGCACCGCCUUGCUCAAGACCAAUCGCGGAGCUAAAGAGCCAGGGCUCGCACGCGGGCUUUCGAGUCUUUUUCGACUGCCUGGCUAAUGGCGCGGACGACCGCUUUUCCGUACCUCUGCAAUCCUCCGAGCCUCUUUCUGAUCCCGAGACGUCAGGCGAGAACCAGAAUCGUCGACCGCCAGCCAGCCCUCGCAACACUCGUUCACCACUUCGCUCCCUCUCCAUUCAAUCCGAAGCGCCUUCACAGUCUUCAGCAGAGGCAUCGGAACAGCCGACACCCAGCUCGGCGACGAGUACCGCCUCGCAACCUUCCUCGCCCGCCUAUCCGACCGCUUCCUCCCUCACGCUCGCUUCUCCCGCCAUUCUCAGCACAUGCAGCGCCCACUUGAACAGCUCCCGGGUAGAACAGAAAGAGAUGGAGCGCGAGUUCGGCGGGCUGAGCUUCGCGGACGGCGAGAUCACAUCCUUCUAG